AUGUUUAGCCUAAGCUCCCCUCCCCUAGCUCUCGAGAGGAAGCUAAAGCUCUCCACCACCUACACUAUUCUCCUAGUGUUCUUCCUCUUCACUCUCUACAUCACCUCAUGCGAAGCUCGUCGUCUCCGCGUCAAUGGCAAGCACUUAAGCAGCAGCAAGUCUUCCUCAUCAUCCCAGGAUGCGACAGAGGUUGCUGAUGCCCAGAAGCAAACGAGAAGCUCGUUGAUGGUUCAUGAUGUGGGGAAGAAGGCUCGAGCUGCCGGAAGCGGCAUCGAUCAGUCGACGGGCGCGGGAGCAACAUUGAUCAAUCGAUCAGGUGGAAUACGAAACACCACGCAUGCCGCUAGGGUUUCGCAGCAGCUUCCUCAUCGCAAGCACGUGGACGAUCAGGGAAUUCACCUGGAUUAUGCUCAGCCUAGAACCCGCACUCCGUAUCACAACUGAACAUAUAUACAUCGAUCACGGAUGAGAGCCGUUCAUGAGAUGACAUUUAUGUCAUCGUGAUCAUUUAUCUAGUUCUAUAUAUCAUGUAUAUUUCUCCUUGAAUCUCACUAGCUAGCUACCAGC